AUGAGUGGCGGGUUGGCACCAAGCAAAAGCACAGUAUAUGUGUCCAAUUUACCCUUUGCUUUGACCAACAAUGAUCUGUACAGGAUAUUUUCAAAGUAUGGGAAAGUUGUCAAAGUUACCAUUAUGAAAGACAAAGACACCAGAAAAAGCAAAGGAGUUGCCUUUAUUUUGUUUUUGGAUAAAGAAUCUGCACAAAACUGUUCUCGGGCACUUAAUAACAAACAGUUGUUUGGAAGAGUAAUAAAAGCAAGUAUUGCCAUUGAUAAUGGAAGAGCAGCAGAAUUCAUUCGCAGGCGUAACUACUUCGAUAAGUCUAAGUGUUACGAAUGUGGGGAAGCAGGACACUUAAGUUAUGCUUGUCCUAAAAAUAUGCUAGGGGAGCGGGAACCACCAAAAAAAAAAGAAAAGAAGAAGAAAAAGAAAAUAGUGGAGCCAGAAGAAAUUGAGGAGGAAGAAGAAAGUGAAGAGGAAGGAGAAGACCCUGCUCUAGAUAGCCUCAGCCAAGCCAUAGCUUUUCAGCAAGCCAAAAUUGAGGAAGAACAACAAAGAUGGACACAGACUGCAGGGGAGUCUUCAAUUUCAGAUGAUUCAAAACGUCCACGGAUUAAGAAAAGUGCUUAUUUCAGUGAUGAGGAAGAACUUAGCGACUGAAAUAGUACUGUUCUAAAUGCAUAUAUAAGAUAUAUAUAUAUAUAGUGUACAUUUUGUAAAGUGCUGCAAAGUGAUCUGUAAUACAGGUUUGUUUUGGUGUUGAAAAUCAUGGGUUUUUUAAUUCUAUCCCCUGACUCUUCCAUCUUUUUAUAUCUGUGUCUCAAAACCUUACCUUUCAAGGCAACUUUUUAAGAAAGUGAUCCGAUUAUACACUUAAAUUCCAAGAAGUAUCUGUGAGAAUGCAUCUUGCAGUUAGUAUCUAGACCCAAGUCCUAGCAGUGAAGUGUUUCAUGAGAAAAUUUCCCAAUGCUUUUUUCCUAAGAGGAGUUCCUCUUAGGAUGACUGUUACCACCACUGAUGCUUUAUGUAUUGGUCUGUCUGGAAGCAGUGCUUUAGUAGUACUUAAGUAGAAUAUGAAAUUUGCAUUAGUUCCUCUGCAUAGGGUUGAAUUUCAGCUUUAAACAUUGUCCUUUUACUCUUUAUGCAGUACUAUAAUAAAUUAUUGUCACAUCAACACUGUGUCUCCUGACUGCAGUUUGAGUGCCUAACAGAGAUGAGGGUUGUCCACAGGAUUUUAAGUGCGCUUGGAUCUAACCUGCAUCACAGCCAUCUGAACCUGUUGGCAAAAUUCAAAGGCAUAAUUUCCUACUUGGCUAAAAAACAGCUUUCAUAUAUACUUGGAACUGUCGUGGUCUCUUAGCAAAGUAUGUUGCCACAUAUUUUGUACAUAAAGCUUUUCAGACUUUUUGUGUCCUUAGAUCUCUGUAGGGCUCUGGGCGUGUUCUCCUGUAGCUGUGAUCAUUCCCAAAAUCACAGACACAUGGUGAUGGUGGUACCCAUUUUAUAUUGGUGUGUAGUCUAAACUCUUCACUUCUAGGAAGCACAAUAUAAAAUACAUUCAGAAAUUCACAUCUGGAAGAAGAGACAAGAUGGCCUCUUUCUAUUUUCAGUUCUUCCUAUUUGCUCAUCAGGACCUGAUUUUCUUCCAAAUAUAGAAAAUGCAAAUCCAAAUAUACCAUUAUGUAUUCUUAAUUAAUACCAAUUUACACUCAAAUAUGUAGCUGAGUG